GGGGACCAUGGCCAACUGUGAACGCACCUUCAUUGCCAUCAAGCCUGAUGGGGUCCAGCGCAGCCUCAUGGGAGAAAUCAUCAAGUGUUUUGAGCAAAAGGGAUUCCACCUCGUUGCUAUGAAAUUAAUUCAGGCUUCUGAAGACCUUCUCAAGGAGCACUACAUCGACCUGAAGGACCGUCCCUUCUUUACCAGCUUGGUCAAGUACAUGCAGUCAGGGCCCGUGGUUGCCAUGGUCUGGGAGGGCCUGAAUGUGGUGAAGACAGGCCGAGUGAUGCUCGGGGAGACCAACCCUGCAGACUCCAAGCCUGGGACCAUCCGUGGGGACUUCUGCAUCCAAGUUGGCAGGAACAUUAUGCACGGCAGCGACUCCGUGGAGAGUGCAGCAAAGGAGAUUGGCUUGUGGUUCCAGCCUGAAGAGCUGGUGGAUUACAAGAGCUGUGCUCAGAGCUGGAUCUACGAGUGACCAGAGAGCAGACCUCCAC